AUGACGCCAGCUCGCAGAGUUCGCAGCAAGGUGCCACGAUGCAGUUUCCCCGAUUGCAAGAAGCAAGUGCAGACCCGUAAACUAUGCAAGGCUCACGGUGGAGGAGUUCGCUGUCGUGGCCCCGACUGCACCAAGUUGGCGCAAAGCCGAGGCCUCGCGUUGCGCACGGUGGCGGAUGCCGCUGUACGGUCAGUGGCUGUCCCAAGUUGGCGCAGUCCAGGGGGUUGUGCCUCACUCACGGUGGCGGUCAACGCUGCCGCGAGCCAGCCAAAAGUUUGUACAACUCAAAGGGCGAUGCAAGGCACACGCGAAGGCUUUAGCGAGAAGUGA